CCAUCCAGUCCACUAGCCCUCCACCCAAGUGGAAGCCGAUGUAUUUCCUCUCCUUAGCUAAAGGAAGUGCCAGAAUAAGCAGCUGUGAGCUAGAUGUGAGCACCUCUGCGUAUGCUUGUUGGCACUGUUCAACCUUUCUGAAGCUGUAGAGUGACACCAUUGUACCACUGGUGCACCAACCAGAUAGGAACACCAUGGCUCCCAGGGUCACCAUCCUUUUCUUCUCAUGUCUUCUCCUCUUCGCAAUCAAGUCUACUCUAGCAGACUCUGAAGCAAACGGAAAUAGUACAUCUCCCUCCCAAAACCCAACAGUGACCCAAAAUGUAAAAGAGAUCACUGCCAUAACAACACCAACACUUACCAUCUCAAAAAGCCCACAAGUGGUAAUAACUGAAAGCAAGUCAGCUUCAAGUCAGACAUUGGGUUCAGCUCCCACAUCAACCAUUUCACCAACUGUCAACACAACAGGGAACAGGACAACAAGCCCCACCAUAAACACCAGUGGGACACUUGGCAAAGAUAAAACCUCACCACAAACAGAAGGACCCCAGACUACACAAACUGCUGCAACUCCUAAACCAGGACCCCAGACUACACAAACUGCUGCAACUCCUAAACCAGGACCCCAGACUACACAAACUGCUGCAACUCCUAAACCAGGACCCCGGGCUAAUCCAGAAUCAGAUCCUUCAAAAGGAGGCAGUGUAAAUGAGACUGACUCUAGCAAUGACAUCCAAACACAUGGGCCACAGUCUGAUCAACCCAUUUCAAAUUCAGAUAAGAAUUACUAUUGGCUUCUGUUGCUUGUGGGAGUUGCUGGUAUCGGCACAGUGAUGUACUUCAAAUGCUGCAAAACCCGCCGUCAUGCAGAGACGACAGACAGCGGAACUGAGAAUGCUUCAUUCCAAAGGACUGAAAGUAACAAAGAUGGGGUCAUGCUGCUCGGAGUGAAGUCAUCAGGCGGUGCAGAGAAUGCUGCAGCAAAAUAAGCAGGAGGAAGAACUGAGACAGAAGCCUAAAGAAGCAGACGCAUUGAGCCUGGGACCUACACUGACUACAUCGAAGAAAAACUACACUGAAGAAAAAUGGAUGGCGAGCACCACAAGCUUUACUUACAGAUAAAGAGGAAUGGGAAAUUUUGCACAUCAUAUUUAUGUGUAUAGUGAAUUGGAACCCUGAGUUAAUAUGAGCAAAAAAGCUGAACAAAAUAAACUUUACUCAGUAUUUUCUAUUCUCAGCAACGUGAGAAAAUAGUAUGAUUUUAUUGUAAUAUCAUUGCUGGGAAGAUGCAUCUAUUCGGUUUUGUUCAUUAGGAUUUCUAGGAGUGCGGGUAAUUGUGAUAUACAUAUUUUUGAGAAAAUAUUUAUAUGAUGAUUGUUCUUUCCCAAUUUGAACAGUUUAGCCUUGCUUAAAAUUUAGACAUGAGAGUAAAGAUUAAGCUGAAAACAGUAAUGACGGCCUCUCACAGACAUUCUUGUUCAUGUUUACCGAAGGUGCUAAUAAUUCUGCAGACUAAUGUAUCAGCUGGAAAAUGAGUUCAAGCUUUUGAACAAGAAUGUUUGGAAGCUGAAAAAGAAGAGAAGAGGUCUCCUUUCUGUCAUUUACAUACAGUUUCACUGCCAAAAAUCUACAGUUCGUAGCGUUUCUGCCACAACAGGAACAUAUUCAUUUAAAGCACUAACUUGCAAUCAUUACUGACAUAUUUAUGUUAAUAUUGCACGUACGGUGAUCAGCAGGUUGAUAUUACAGUUAUUUUGAUCAGUGAGGUCUGGGUGUUGGUUUUAUUUCUGAGUUUAGGCUUUAGUACAGCAAAUCAGGAUCCAGCUGGAGAUCAUAGAUAAACAGACAAUGCUCUAAAGCGGACUUUCCACAGCUUAAAGGGCAACAUUCUAUUUGUGCAACAAUGUUUGUGUGUUAAAACUGUAAUAGUAAUAGGAUUGUUUGCAUUUUACAAUUCUUUUAGGUUAAAAAAAGCUUGUUAUUAUUUGUUAGACAAAAACUACACAAAAUUCAGUAAAAUCUCUAUAGGCAGUGUUUCUGUUACAGUGAAGAAAAGUUCUGUCUACUUUUCUUCACCAUGUCAUGUCUGUGGCUGUGGUGUACAUAUGAUUCAGGUUUUUUUUUUACUGUUUUUCUGUUUUUCACUUGAUUUCUCGUCAUAUCAUUUAUUUUCUGGAUAAUCAACUGAAAAGUCUUCAGUCUGUACCUUGAUCACUACUGUUUACACAUUUGUCUAAUGUCAUGAUUACUCGUAACUUUUCGUCCCUUCAUUCUCACCAGAGCUUUUCAGUAUAACAUAUUGUUCAAAGAAUAUGCAACACAUUUGUAAAGGCUGGCUUGGGACCAUUUAAGAUGAUGGAAUAUCAACUCUGAUGCCAUUUGUGCCUCAUGUACUGAAAGCACAGGUGAGGUCUUAUCAUGGAAUUGUGAAAAAAGUUUCUAAGCGAUGAGUUUUAGAUGCAUUUUUUUUUAUCAUUUUUAGUUUAAUAAAAGAAAUGUGUGAAAUACCAAAA